AUGAUCAUGUUUACAGCCCAGUUCAGUGUGACCGGUCCUGGUCACCCUGUCACUGCCAUUGUGGGUGAGGCCAUUGUGUUACCCUGUCACCUGUCUCCCAGGAUGAGCGCUGAGAACAUAGAGGUGAGAUGGUUCCGAUCUGAGUUCCUUUCAUUUGUCCACCUGUAUCAGCAUGGGAAGGAUCAAUACGGGAACCAGAUGCCAGACUAUCAUGGAAGGACAGAGCUUUCGAAAGCUGGCAUCACGGAUGGAAAUGUUUCCUUGCGGAUUCUUAAUAUCAGACGCUCAGAUGAAGGACAAUACAACUGUUUUGUUCAAGAUGGUUCUUUUUAUGAAGAAGCCCCAUUGGACCUGAAGAUAGCAGCUUUGGGCUCCAAUCCUCUAAUCUCUGUGGAGAGUCACCCGGAUGGAGGGAUCUGGGUGGUUUGUCAGUCGGCUGGGUGGUACCCAGAGCCCAAGGUGCUAUGGAGAGAUCCCAGUGGGCAAGAAUUACCAUCUCUGUCUGAAGCAAAAUCCCUAGGGGAUAGUGGCCUGUUUGAAACAGAAAAUUCUAUUAUUAUAAAAGAACGUUCAAACCAGAACCUGUCCUGUUGGAUCAGGAACACCGUUCUCAAUCAAGAAAAGGAAUCAACAGUUUAUAUAGCAGGGAAACAUCUUGGAGAAAUCAGGAAACGUGAUACAGAAAUCGGGAAACAUCUUGGAGAAAUCAGGAAACGUGAUACAGAAAUCGACUGGAGAAGAAACAUCGUCUGCCCAGGGCUGGGAAGUUCUGCGCCACCUGUACAAGAAGCAAAUGUGACUCUGGAUCCAGACACGGCUCAUCCCCAUCUCAUCCUGUCUGAGGGUGGGAAAAGUGUGAGUUGUGGAGACACACGGCAGGAUCUGCCCGAGAACCCUGACAGAUUUGACUGUUGGACCGGUGUGCUACGGGCGGGUAUGGAGGACCGGUAA